AUGGAAUUUAAUUUCUAUUGGUUGAAAGAGCUCCUAAGACGGCGCCUUGUUGAAUGCGGAUGGCGUGACCAAGUUAAAUUAAUUUGUAAGGAAUUGAUCAAAGAAAAAGGAAGUGAUAUCACCUAUGACAGCAUGCUGUCAACUGUAACCAGCAGAGCCCGCACUCUUGUUCCUGAUUCGGUUAAAAAAGAGUUAUUGCAAAAAAUAAAAAGCCAGUUGAUGGCUCAAGAAGAGAAGCUAAAGAUUUAA